GAGGGCGGCGGGGCCGGGGGAGGCGGUGCCGCCGUGCCGGGGCACACACACCGGAGCGGUGCGAGCCCCGGUGCUGCAGCGCCCGCUCCGCUCCGCUGCCGGCCGGGACAGCUCCGCCAUGGGCGGCCGGGCGGCGCGGCCCCGCUGACCCCGCGCACCCCCGCAGCAGCUCCGGCAUCCCGGACACCGGCAUCCCGGUACUCCGGCAUCCCGGUACUCCGGCAUCCCGGACACCGGCAUCCCGGUACUCCGGCAUCCCGGUACUCCAGCAUCCCGGCAUCCCGGACUCCGGCAUCCCGGCAGCUCCGCUCCGCUGACCCCGGCGCCCCUGCAGCUCCGGAGUCCGCCGUCCCGGGAGCUCACCUCGCGGGAACUCUGCUCCGCUGAGCCCGGCUCCUCCAUCUCUCAGUACUCCGGCAUCCCGGGAACUCCGUACUCCGCUGGCCCGGGAACUCCGCUGCGCUGACCGCUGGUCCCGGCUCCUCGCGAAUUCGAGCCGCGCUGCCCCCCGGCCCCCGGGCCCCCCGGAGCCAUGGCGUUCAUGGUGAAGAGCAUGGUGGGGGGGCAGCUGAAGAACCUCACGGGCGGCCUGGGCGGCGAGGAGAAGAGCGAGGGCGAGAAGUCUCCGGCCGAGGCGCAGGGCAUGACCCGCGAGGAGUACGAGGAGUACCAGCGGCAGCUGGUGGAGGAGAAGAUGGAGAGGGAUGCCCAGUUCGCCCAGCGCAAGGCGGAGAGAGCCACGGUCAGGUCCCACUUCCGAGACAAGUACAGGCUCCCCAAGAACGAAACGGAUGACAACCAGAUCCAGCUGGUGGGAGGGGACGUGGAGCUGCCCAAGGAGCUGGCCAAGAUGAUCGAGCAGGACAACGAGGAGGAGGAGGAGAAGAACUCGGUGAUCGGCCAGCUCAGCAACAUCCAGAACCUGGACCUUGAUUCCUUGAAGGACAAAGCCUCGGCCACGCUCGAGGACCUGAAGCAGUCGGCGGAGAAGUGCUCCGUGAUGUGAUGGGGCUGAGCGGGGAGGGGACGCAGCGAGGCUCUGGCGGGGGCUGCUGCCUGCAGCGGGGACCCCAGCGACCUUGUCAUCCUUGCCGUGUGCCACUCGGGUCCUCCUGAGCCGCGUGACCCCCCGAGUCCCUGACCCAGAUGUCCCUGAUGUGUGGCUUUCGUUUCGUUCUCCGGGCUGAGGUUAGAGCCAGGAGCCAGCAUGACCCCCCCGUACCCCAAAACCUCCCCCGUGCCCGGGCAGGGGUGUCCGCAGCCAGAGCCGGGGAGGUUGCAGGAAGGAGAGUGGCCUUGGAGUGUGAGUGACCUUGGAGUGUGAGUGGUGGCCACACGCUGCGGCUCUGCCUCCACGUUUCCACUCAGCCUCCUGGCAGCGACCGGGAGGCUCCGAUUUGCCUCGCAAGGACGAGGCAGGGUGUGGAACCCGCCCCUCCCCGCGUCCCGUCCCCAUCACCCGAGAAACUCCAUCCCAUCCCUGCCAGGAACGCGGGCCCCGUGCCCUUGAGGGCCCCUCUGGAGGAGGCAGCCGGGAAGGACCCGAUCCCUGUGGGAAGGGGGGUGCUGAAGCCCGAAGUGACACCGGAGAGGAACAAAAGCCCUCCCUGGUGCCGAGCUGAGCCCGCAGCAGCCCUUCCCCGGAGCUGGGAUGGGGUGCUGUCCCUGCUCCUUUCAGGAGAAGAACAAAGCCAUGAGGGAAUGUCUCCCCGUCCUCCCGCUCGUCGUGCUGUAGUCGUGCCGUGCUCGGUUGAGUGUCCCUCACCUCCUGUGCUGUCCCCGUGCCAUGGUACUGUUAUAACCGGUGGAAUAAAUACCAGGAGAUGUCUAUGCA